AUGAACAACAACAAAAAGGCACCCCUCGAUCUCGAAGAGAUCAUCCGAAAGAAGAAGGCCGCCGACGCAGCGUCCUCAAAACUUCGAUUCAUCCCGAAGAAAGAACGAGAGAGGCAGGCGGCAGAACGCGCAAAAGCCGAAGAGGAGGAACGCAAGAAGAAGGCGGAGGAGGAUGCGAGGAGAAAGGCCGACCUCGAGAGAAAAUGGGCGGCUGAGGCCAGCAACGGCACAAAUGGCGUCAACGGAUAUGGCAACGGCAACGGCAACGGCCACAGCCGGGUGCCUACCGGACCGAAAGCCAUGAACAACGGCCAGAAUCAGAACGACGACGGACGUCGGGGACGACGAGAAAAAGCUGAGACGAAAGCGACGACAAAGGAUGGCAAGGAGAAGAAGUCGGCAGACACAAUAGAAGCAGAGCUGUUGCGAAACCGCUACCUGGGGCCCGAGGUGAACAAGGAGUCGAACUUCAGCGUGAAGAAGAAGCGGAAGCGAGCGACGGAGUUCAAGUUCGAGUGGGACGCGGCCGAAGACACCACCCUCGACAACGACCCGAUCUACGACUCACGCAUGUCACUCAAGUCGUUUACAUAUGGUAGUCUGGCGGGCGAGUUCAACGAAGAGGCCGAAGAGAUCGCGCGGAGGAGGGCCCGGAUGAUCGAGGAGCGGGAUCCCGAGUUCGGGAAGCGGCGCGCACAGGAGUACAUGGAGGAUUUCUAUAACGCACGGGAUCGCGCAAAGGAACGCGCAAACCGGACCGGCCUCGGCAAACACUGGUCGAAGAAGGCGCUGGACGAGAUGCGCGAGCGAGACUGGAGAAUUUUCAAGGAGGACUUUGGUAUUGCGACAAAGGGUGGCCUUAUUCCCAACCCCAUGCGCAGCUGGCAGGAAUCCGGCCUGCCCCGGCGCCUGCUUGACAUCGUCGACCGAGUCGGCUACACGGAGCCCACACCGAUUCAACGGGCGGCCAUCCCGAUUGCACUGCAAGCCCGAGAUCUCAUCGGUGUCGCCGUCACCGGUUCCGGUAAAACUGCGGCAUUCUUGCUACCGCUGCUCGUCUACAUUUCAGACUUACCGCCGCUCACCGAGGUUAACCGCAACGACGGCCCCUACGCCCUCAUUCUCGCACCGACGCGUGAGUUGGUCCAGCAAAUCGAGACGGAAGCAAAGAAGUUCGCCGAACCGCUUGGCUUUAGAGUCGUCAGUAUCGUCGGUGGUCACUCCCUCGAGGAACAAGUGUUUUCGCUGCGCAACGGAGCCGAAAUCAUCGUCGCGACACCCGGUCGUCUGGUGGACUGUAUCGAAAGACGUCUUUUGGUCUUGUCGCAGUGCUGCUACAUCAUCAUGGACGAAGCAGAUCGUAUGAUUGACCUGGGUUUUGAGGAUUCGGUGAACAAGAUUCUCGAUGCUCUGCCAGUGACGAACGAGAAGCCAGACACGGACGAUGCUGAAAACGCAGCGAUGAUGAAGAGGUACCUUGGCGGCAGAGACAAGUACAGACAAACCAUGAUGUACACGGCCACGAUGCCGCCGCUGGUUGAGAAAAUCGCAAGAAAGUACCUGCGACGCCCUGCCAUUGUCACGAUCGGUAACGCGGGCGAGGCCGUCGAAACAGUCGAGCAGAGAGUGGAGUUUGUGUCCGGAGAAGACAAGCGCAAGAAGCGCCUGCAGGAAAUCCUGCGCUCGGGAGACUUUGCUCCACCCAUCAUCGUAUUCGUCAACAUCAAGCGGAACUGCGACGCUGUGGCGCGAGACGUCAAGCAGAUGGGUUACUCAGCGGUAACACUGCACGGAAGCAAGACCCAGGAACAGAGAGAAGCGGCACUGGCGUCCGUCCGAAACGGUCAAACAGACGUGCUGGUUGCCACGGACUUGGCCGGAAGAGGUAUCGAUGUGCCGGACGUAUCGCUCGUCAUCAACUUCAACAUGGCGACCAGCAUCGAGAGCUACACGCAUCGUAUCGGUCGUACGGGUCGCGCGGGCAAGAGCGGUGUCGCCAUUACGUUUUUGGGCAACGAGGACGCGGAUUUAUUGUACGACCUCAAGCAGAUGCUUUCCAAGAGCUCGAUCUCGAGGGUACCCGAGGAGCUGCGUCGGCACGAGGCCGCACAGUCGAAGCCCACCAGAGGACACAAGAGGGCAGGUGGUGGUGGAGAGGAGUCGUCAGGCAAGGGGGGUCAGUGGGGCGCCUAA